AUGUCUGUUAUUUUCAUAUGUUAUUCUAACAAAUAUCAUAUAACUGAUGUAUAUAUAGUUUUGAAAAUCAAUAUAUUGAUUUCUAUAAUUUAUUUAGAUGAGAUAAUUUAGAGGUGGUUCGAAUAAAAGAGGAGGACAAACCAAUGGAAGAUCAUUUAGAGGUGGAAAUCAAACUUUCAGAGGCAACAGAAAUAAUAAUAACAGAUCUAACAAUCAACAAGGAAAUUUUAAAAAUACUUAGUUUAGAAGACCAUCUAAUUAAAAUUCUAAUUCAGGUUACAAUAGGCCAAGAAAUCAAAACAGAGGAGGAAGACCUUAAAAGAGGAAGAGGAAAUUAAUAAAGGAUAAGGAUUUAAAUAACAAAAUACAUAGCGAAGAAGAAGAUUUGGGUUCAAAUAAAAUAAUUAGAAUGGUGAAAAGUAGUAAAGGUUCAUCAAAACUGGCAGAAAGAAUAGAAUUAACUCAGAUGUUUAUAAGAUAGCCAAAGAUAUACAAAGGAAAUCAAAAAUGGAAUAGGCAUUAGAUAAUUAUUGGAAGAAAGGUGAUUAAACAAAGAAUGAUAAACCUACUCAAGAAGCUAAUAAUGAAAAAUGAUAUCAAUUAAAUAUAUAUUAAUAAUUUAAA